GAAACAGCGGUCUCCAUGGAAACCCCGAGGCACAAACUUUUCUUCAGUCACAUUUUUCAGAAACAUGGCUGCUGAUAGCGACUACAGCAAAUACGAUUUGGCACGCCUGCAAGGAGAAUUUGAACAACAGAAAGAAAUUAAAGAAAUGCUUGAAGAGUCAGUGUCUGAUCUGCGGAGUACCAUGUGUGAACUGCAGGAAAGACUGCACAGCGUAGAUGGGGAAGGAAAUGAGUGGAAGACGAGGUAUGAGACACAGACUGAGCUAAAUGGCCAGUUGGACAGACAGAUGUCUUUCAUUCAUGAGAGACUGGAGGACCUACGAGGAAACCCCAUGGAUCGAUUGGCCUCAAUCCGAACUUAUGACGACAUGCCAGUAGAAACACUGAGACAACAUCUGAAGCUCUUGACUGAAGAGUCGGAUCUCCAGAGUCAGCUGAUGGACUGUCAUAGCAGAAUUGAACAGGAGGGAAAGGCAUUUCACAAAACCAAUGAUGAGAGGCGGGCAUACCUUUCAGAAAUUGCUAAGCUGUCCUCCACCCUUGAAGCCCAAAGGAGACAGAACUCCACCCAGCCACAGAGGGCAGGAGAGAGCAAACAGAGGAGAGGGAGGCAGACCGGCAGGAAGGCGGAGGCUGAUUCUAAGAAAGGAAAAGAGAGAGAAGAAGAUGGACGAGGAGCGUGUGUGAACGGAGGAGGUGGUGGUGGAGCAACAACAGAGAAAAGAGAAGAGAAGAAAUCUCAAAGGGGAAGCAGGUUACCCACCUUAAAGUACUACCUUAAACACAAUCCCUAACCCCAACCUGGUGUCAUAGCCUCUUUUAUUAAUGUUUUUAAAGAGGUGUCUUGGUUUAAAUUUCUCAAAAGAUGACUGUGAGGAAACAAUUCAGUUCCCAUGUAGGUUAUGUACCCAUGUGCCACUGUCGGUAUUGUAAUUCAGUGUUAAUUGAUGGCAAAUACAUAUAAAAUGUUACAUUUAU